GAUUGUGGUACUUUACUUCUUAACACAGGCGAAGAUUUUAUUACAUGUUCUGCUUGUACGUGUAGACAUAAUGCUACUGAAUAUGAAGAUAUCGUGAUAACAACAAAAAGUAAACCAAAAACAUUUCCCUCGAAACUUCGAUCUCGUCAUUCAAAAGUUCAACAACUUGAUAAUUAUAAAGAAGAGAGUGCUUCGAUCAAAGAGAAAUGUCCAAAGUGUGGAAAUGAAGAAAUGAACUAUCAUACUAUGCAACUUCGCUCUGCUGAUGAAGGUCAAACUAUAUUUUAUCACUGUAUAAAAUGCGG